UCCACAUUAGAUGUGGGAAAUAAGAAAUCUGCGCUGCUAGCUAACAUUUCACAGCUGUUGCCAGCGGGGGUAACGGCCGGAAAAGACGCGCGGUCCCCGGCUACAGGGUAACCGGACUGUCGGGAGAUUUUUUUGCACUUUAAGGAGAAACUUUACGCUGAAGGAUUACUGCUUGUAGCCUUUAGGAAAAAAAAAGAAAAAAAAAAACAUUACUCGACGAACAUGCCCUCGUCUAAAUAGCUGCGGUGGAGGUCGAGGAUGGCCGCGGACGUGGAUAAAAGAACCCCCGAGGAAGAGAGCAAGAUCUGGCCGCAGAAUGGGCACCGGACGCCGGGCUCUGGAUCGUGGAUCUACAGGGGCAUGUGGACCCUGCUGAUGAUCUGCGCCGUCCCUGUUCUCGCUUUUGGGAUCAAAUACUACCAAGAUGCUCAGUUGCUCAAACGUCAUGAAGAGAGUGUUCGAACUCUGGGUGCCGAGGGCCUUUUUCUCUUCUCCUCCUUGGACACCGACCGUGACCUCUAUCUCAGCCCGGAGGAGUUCAAACCCAUUGCAGAGAAACUCACAGGGAUCACACCCCCAGUGGAUAUUGAGGAGGAGGUGAUCCACGACCCCAAUGGGGAGACGUUGACCUUGGAGGCCAAGAUGCAGCCUCUGCGGCUGGACUCCAUGACGAAAAGCAAGGAUGGGUUCCUUGGGGUUUCUCACAGCUCACUGAGUGGACUCCGUUCGUGGAAGAGCCCAGCAGUGCCUUCUUCGUCGUUCUCCUCCGGCCAGUUCAGGGUUUUCCUGCCCCCAAAGAACAAGGGAGAAGUGGGAGACACGUGGUGGGUGAUUCCCAGCGAGCUCAACAUCUUCACCGGAUACCUGCCCAACAAUCGAUACCAUCCUCCCACACCGAAGGGCAAAGAGGUUCUCAUCCACACCUUGUUGAGCAUGUUCCACCCUCGGCCCUUCAUCAAAUCCCGCUUCGCUCCGCAGGGUGCAGUCGCUUGCAUUCGAGCCAGCAACGACUUUUAUUAUGACAUAGUCUUCAGGAUUCAUGCAGAAUUCCAGCUCAACGAUGUUCCAGACUUUCCGUUCUGGUUCACUCCGGGACAGUUCACCGGCAACAUUGUCCUCUCUAAAGACGCGUCUCACGUCCGCCACUUCCACCUGUAUGUCCCCAGUGACAGGUCUCUGAAUGUGGACAUGGAGUGGCUCUACGGAGCCAGCGAGAGCAGCAACAUGGAGGUGGACAUUGGAUACCUGCCACAGUUAGAGCUGCAGUCCACAGGCCCAUCCACCCCGUCCGUCAUUGUGGACGAGCAGGGCAACAUCAUCGACAGUCGAGACGGCAGCGGCGAGCCGAUCCAGUUUGUCUUUGAGGAAAUCCACUGGAGCUCAGAGAUCGGUCAGCAAGAAGCUGCUCGCCGCCUGGAGGUCACCCUCUACCCCUUUAAGAAGGUGUCCUACCUGCCGUUUUCAGAGGCUUUCGAGCGAGCUGGAGCAGAGAAAAAGCUGGUGCAUUCAAUUCUGCUUUGGGGAGCUUUAGAUGACCAGUCCUGCUGAGGUUCGGGGCGAACUCUCCGGGAGACAGUCCUGGAAAGUUCGCCCGUCCUGGCCCUCCUCAACCAGAGCUUCAUAAGCAGCUGGUCUCUGGUCAAAGAGCUGGAGAACAUGCAGGCUGAUGAGCAGAACCCUGCGUUGAGUGAAAAGGCUCGCCUACACCUGGAAAAGUACAAUUUCCCUGUGGAGAUGAUGGUGGCACUGCCCAAUGGAACCAUCGUGCACCACAUCAAUGCCAACUUCUUCUUGGACCAAACGUCCAUGAAACCAGAGGAAGAAGGAGCAACUUUCAGCUUCUCUGGCGGCUUCGAGGAUCCCUCCACAUCCACUUACAUCAGCUUCCUGAAAGAAGGGUUGGAAAGAGCCCAAGAGUACCUCACACAGUAAUGUGUGUGUGUGUGUGUGUGUGUGUGUGUGUGUGUGUGUGUGUGGUACAGCCUGAGACUCUAAACUGGAGGAAAUGAUCAUCAUUCCUUGGGGGAAAGAUCCAAGAUAAGGAAAACCCAACCAACAAUUAUGUAGAGAAGCUUUCUCUUCAGUGUUGGCAGCUGAAAAAACAUUUUUGCCUUUUAUCCUCUUUGCUACUAUUUAUUUGGAUGUAUCUCUUGGUCAAAAAUGAAGUUUUAUAUAAAGUAUUUGUAUCGUGAGUAGAACAUGUACAUGAUCCACAGGGAAACCAUUCUUUCAUUAUGCACAUUUUAAUGAAAUACAAAAGGCCUUGCACACUGAGCAGGAAGUAACACAUUUAGAUCUGCUCUUUCUGCUUGAAGCUGCUGAUUAACGUUGAUAUAAAAUGCAGACAGACGGCCUGCCAAGUCACUCUUGAGCGCAAGUGCCCAUGUCAUUCCGAAGUGCAUCACAACACAGUGUAAUGUUCUAUACUUCUUCUUUUACGUUGUGGUGUUGCAUGUGCAAUAUUACAUGAUUGGGUGUGUUCUCCCGAGGCUGAGUGGAUCCAGAGAUGGGGCUGGUGCUGUUGUCGUCUCCAGUUGUGUCUCAGCAGUUAGUGAAGACUUUGCCUGAAAGCUCUGGCUGAGCUGGGCAACGCCUGAUGUUCUCGCUGAGGCUGCUGGAGGGAAACGCCCAUCUCCGACUCAGAGGACAAAAGCUGCAGGAGGAACUAGACUGGACUGCGGCACAUAAAAUGAUUAAUUCAGUUGUUUUCUUAUAGCUUGAGUUUGUAAGCAUUUUUUUUUGUGUUUAGAGGAAGAUGUGACCACACCAAAGAACUUGUUUUUUUUUUAAAAUAUAUAUAUAUGUAUGCAGAUGAAUUCACUAUAUUGCUUUUCCAUGUUGUUCAUAUUUAAGUAAAUUAGUGGAACAAAACAGUUUUAUCUUUGCAAAAUAGUACACAUGAUAUGCUAUACUGUCGUUGUCUCUCAAGCUUCAGGCAAAUGAUCUAUUUGGUUUUAUCUUUAACUAGACAGCAAGAAAAGAAGACAAUCUGGACCCUCAAUGUAUGUCUCAUUCUUCCCCUUUUCCAAUCAUACAGAGACAAUUUUGUGUCUUCAAUCCUGAUUUCAGUUUUGAGUAUGACACCCAAGAACCCAGGGAUUAAAAAAAAAAAAAAAAACUCACUUGAAUUGGUUACUCUUCAGUUUUGCUGUUUCAAGUCCAUACAAGGUCUUGUCCGUGUGAAGUAUUUGCCUGCUUGGAGCCUUUAGAGGAGAAACACUUAUUCUUUAACCUACCAGUGCCAGUUUUUCCACAAAGUGAAAUAAAACUUGUUUUUUUUAGAAAAAGAA